AGGAUGAUAUGCACCUAUAGGAAAAAAGAGCGAAAAAGAGUAAUAAUUCAAAAAGCCGCAAUUCCCUCUCGCCUGAAUUAAAAAAAAAAAACCCUAUAAAAUGGUCCAAAUAUCCUUUCAUUACACAUCAUCAUUUUCUAUCUCUCAACUCAUAACCAAAAAAACCAAGAGAAAAAAAUAAAAAAUAAUAAACCAAAAUUACCAAACCCAAAAUCCGAAAUGGCAGAACUUCCCUGUGAUCCAGAUGGUAUUUGCAUGGUUUGCAAGCAGAAACCUCUGGAAACUGAAACCCUUGUUUGUAGAACAUGCGUUACUCCAUGGCAUGUUCCAUGUCUCCCUAUUGUUCCAACUACAAUUCUUGAUUGGGAAUGUUCCGAUUGUUCCCAACCACUUGACAAUAUCAAUCAUGUUUCCGAUUUACCUGCUCCGCCUAUCGCCGGAGAUCUCGUUUCCUCCAUUCGCGCCAUCGAGAAUGAUACUUCGCUUACCGAUGAACAAAAAGCGAAGAAACGGCAACAACUCGUUGGUGGAUCUUCUAAAUCAACCGCUGAAACUACCAACAGACGCAGUAAUAAUAAUAAUAAUGAUUUGCAUGAUCUCUUCGAUGAUACCGUUAACUGUUCCUUUUGCAUGCAAUUGCCUCAGAGACCCGUCACCACACCUUGUGGCCACAAUUUUUGUCUAAAGUGUUUUGAAAAAUGGAUUAAGCAAGGAAAACGAACUUGCGCGAAAUGUAGGGCUGCAAUUCCAGCCAAGAUGGCAAGUAAUCCACGAAUUAACUCACAGUUGGCGACCGGGAUUCGAAUGGCAAAGCUAGCAAGAUCGGAGGGUGUUGAUGGAAGUAGUGCUCCGAAAGUUUAUCACACUGUUGACAAUGAUUUGCGUCCUGACACUGCUUUCACCACCGAGAGAGCAAAGAAAACUGGAAAGGCUAAUGCCUGUAGCGGGAAAAUCUUUGUGACGAUUCCAACAGAUCAUUUUGGACCGAUUUCUGCUGAGAAUGAUCCAACAAGGAACCGUGGGGUUCUUGUUGGUGAUACAUGGGAGGAUAGGAUGGAAUGUAGGCAAUGGGGUGCUCAUUUUCCCCAUGUUGCCGGGAUUGCUGGUCAGAGUACCUAUGGUGCUCAGUCUGUUGCCCUUUCUGGAGGUUAUGUUGAUGAUGAGGAUCACGGCGAGUGGUUCCUUUACACCGGAAGUGGUGGAAGGGAUCUUAGCGGCAACAAGAGGACCAACAAAAAUCAGUCAUUUGACCAACAGUUUGAGAACACGAAUGAGGCUUUGAGACUCAGUUGUCGAAAAGGUUAUCCCGUUCGUGUUGUUAGGUCCCACAAGGAGAAACGUUCCUCUUAUGCACCCGAAGCAGGAGUUAGAUACGAUGGGGUUUAUAGAAUUGAAAAAUGCUGGCGCAAAAUUGGAAUACAAGGUCAUAAGGUUUGCAGGUAUUUGUUUGUGAGGUGUGACAAUGAGGCAGCUCCAUGGACAAGUGAUUUAUCCGGAGACCGUCCCCGGCCACUGCCUAUAAUUGAGGAGUUUAAGAAUGCAAUUGAUGUUACUGAAAGAAAGGGCGAUCCAUCAUGGGAUUUUGAUGAGGAAAAGGGCUGCUGGUUGUGGAAGAAGCCUCCACCACUAAGUAAGAAGCCGGUUAACAUCGUGGAUCCUAAAGAUGGAAGUAAAAUAAAAGUUGUUAGGCCUAAGGAAAAAAAGGUGUCCUUAAAAAUCAAGGAUAGGCUAUUGAAAGAGUUUGGUUGCAAUAUAUGUCACAAGGUGCUGGCUUCCCCUCUUACUACACCUUGUGCUCACAACUUCUGCAAAGCCUGCUUGGAGGGUGCCUUUGCUGGCAAAAGUUAUAUCAGGAAUAGAGCAACCUCAAACGGACGCUCUUUGCGGACAAAGAAGAACAUUAUGAAAUGCCCUACUUGUUCAACUGACAUAGCAGAUUAUCUUCAGAAUCCCCAGGUUAACAGGGAAAUGAUGGGUGUCAUAGAAUCACUCGCUGAACAGAUGGAGGAGAGUUCUGAAGAAUCAAGUGCUAAAAGUUUAGAAUCAGGUGAUAAAAGCGAUGAAAAUCUCAGGUCGGACGAGGAGACAGAGGUUCCAAAGCCCUGUGAUUCAACUGAAAUAGUCUUGGAGGAAAUUAAUGAGAGUGAUCUGAAUCCUCUUCCACAGAAGCGGAGGAAAGGUGCUGAUGGUAAGGCUGUGGUGAACGCGGAUGAACAUAUUGAUGGGGCAGAAGUUGAAAUCAAAGCAAUGACUUUCAACUAGGGGUGGGUGAUGGAUAGGAUCGUGCUGUUAUAUUUUGUACAGUAUUUGCAUUAGACAGCACGAGUUAAUAAUAGGGUUAGUAUUGCUGAUAGAAAGUGAUAUUUUUUGUUGCUUAACUUAAAAGACAAGACAUUUUAUGACUUUGUUAAAUAUGAGAACAUUGAAAAGGAAUGAAUAUGAAUCUAUUUUAUAUUUUCA